AUGAAUAACGAGCAGCCAGAAUCAAAAGACGCAAGCAAACAACAGUCGAAUGGCACUGUCAUGGUUCCACAAUUGGCGGAUGAUGGUAUCUCCGAGGAGGAUUUGGCGAUUGCCGUCAAAGUGUUGAAUGCCGUGGGAAAACUCAAUCAGCGCAAGAACCGAAAACGAAAGAACGAUAAUGAUGAUCAGCCGAAAGAAGAAGAAACGAAGGAACCAGAAGAAGAUGGCCUUGAUCUCUACAAGAAAUCCAAUUUGCGUCCAUUCCGCAAGGCAUUGGCCGGCUGUUUGGAACUGCACAAACGGACCAUGUUCAAUGGCAAGCACGAAGAAGUUCACUACGAACAGCGAAAACAAGAUCGAAGCUUGAAACGACAAAAAAUGGCCGAAGGGAAUAUGCAAAAGAAACACAUUGCCAACACCACACUGCGCAAGGGACGCGUCGAAAAACUCAACAGUCUCAAGAAUGAUGCACAAGAAGAGGAAGAACUGAAGCUACUCGCCAUGAUGGUACCCGAUGGACACGUCGAUAGUAAUAGCGACACAACCAAAAAGCUCACCAACGGGGGAAACCAAGAUUCCAUCAAAUUGCCCAAAUUGCGAUCUUGCUAUGUCUGCAAAGUCCGAUAUCGGGAUUUGCAUCAUUUCUACGACCAACUCUGUCCUACCUGUGCGGCGUUGAAUUGGGAAAAGCGACAUCAGACGGCCAAUCUCGCCAACAAAGUUGCCAUUGUCACGGGAUCUAGGGUCAAAAUUGGCUAUCAGACGUGUCUCAAAUUGUUGAGAGCAGGAGCCACCGUAGUGGCCACGACAAGAUUUCCCAAUGCCGCUGCCGAAGUCUAUCGCAAAGAAUCCGAUUUUGAGCAAUGGAAGGAUCGACUACAGAUUUAUGGACUCGAUUUGAGAGAUGUCACUGGAUUGGAAGCGUUUACUCGAUUUCUUAAAAUGACUUGCUCGCAGGGAAUUGAUAUUCUCAUCAACAAUGCUUGUCAAACCAUUCGACGACCAAGAGGCUUUUAUGUGCCCAUGGUCGAAAAGGAACAAACGCUUUGGAAAGACAGCGAUCCAAUCCACAAAUCGUUGCUUCAAGGAUGUUUGCAGUUUGAAGCCGUGCGACGGAAACUUCACGAGCAGCACCAAGCCCCACAAUCUACUGCAAGUCCAUCAGCACUACCUGCAGCAGAGGCGCCACUGUUGCUCAUGGGAAUGGAGGCUGGAAACACUGCAACAGUGGCGGACAAACCAUCACAGGACCCGAAUCAGACUGCCGUGGUAUCGACGGUUGUGGAAAAGGACACGUCCUCGCAAAAACAAAAACAACAACAAUCUUCGCCGUUUGAGUCCAGUGGACUGUCCCACAGUGCGGCCAUGUCACAAAUGGUCAUUCUUCCAGAGGAUGUGGGAAUAUCGGAUCAAAUUCUUCCUCCCGGAUUGACCGACAUUAAUGGACAUCAGCUGGAUCUUCGAACGCAAAACUCGUGGUUGUUGAAAAUGGAAGAAGUGUCCACCCCGGAGGUCAUGGAAUGCAUGUUCAUCAAUGCCAUUGCUCCAUUUGUCUUGAACUCGCGCCUAAAGCCACUCAUGACCAUUCCCCAUGACAAGAGGCCGGAUCGGUUCAUUAUCAAUGUUUCCGCCAUGGAGGGCAAGUUCUAUCGAUACAAGAUGGCAAACCACCCUCAUACAAACAUGGCCAAGGCGGCUUUGAACAUGAUGACCCGCACGUCUGCCGAGGACUUGGCCAAGAAACACCGCAUUUACAUGAAUUCAGUCGAUACGGGAUGGAUCAAUGAUGAGAAUCCACUGGAGAAAGCCAGCAAAAUUGCGGCUGUCAAUCACUUUCAAACGCCCAUUGAUGAGGUGGAUGCGGCAUCUCGAAUAUUGGACCCCAUCUUUAGCGGUGUGAACGGUGGCAGGGAUUCCAAGAAGGUGUACGGCGUUUUCUUGAAAGACUUUCGUGAGACGGAGUGGUGA